GUGUGUGUGAAGUCGCGGUAAAAACCCCUGUCGCAUCGAGUAGGGACAGCCGUCGCUCCACGGCAUCGGGUGCGUCGCGUUUCCGCAAGACACGCCGCGGUGGAAGACGCCUGUGCGGCGAAGAAGCAUGCAUGGGAUGCCGCACGCCGUACUGCUGGGAGCUACGACGGCGGGCUGACCCCCGAACGUCAUAAGAAGAAGAGGAGGAGGAGGAGGACAGCCCCCAGGAGGAUGCCAUGAACAACCAUGCGUCCGCAAAAAUCGAUGGGGGCCGACGGGCUAUCCGCCGUGGCAACCCCAGGAAGGAGAAAGGUAGCAGCAGCAGCUCUGGCAAAGGUGGCGACCCCUUUCGGUUCGAAGGGGAGGGGCUCCUGUUUCGAGCCAAGCUCAUCGGGAGCCAGCCGGUGCCAGAGGCACGGGGCGACCGCAUGUGCCAAGAUGCCAUGACACGACUCAAGAUGGUUGUGCGUUCAUCUGGGGAGCACAAGCAAAGGGUUCAGCUGACCGUCUCUCUUCAAGGGAUCAAGAUCCGCGAUGACAAGACUGGGGAGCUGGUGUUCCACCACCCCGUGCACCGUAUCUCGUUUAUCUCUCAAGACGCCAGCGACGCUCGGGCGUUCGGCUACGUCUGCAUGACGCAAGAUGGUUGCCAUCGCUUUAUUGGCAUCAAGACCGAGAAGGCGGCAUCCCAGCUGGUGGUGGCGCUGCGUGACCUCUUCCAGGUGGUGCUGGAGAUGAAGCAGCACGAGCUGCGUCAGGCACAGCUUGAGCAGCGGCAGCAGCUGCAGGAAUGGAAGCCCCCCACGGACUUCAGCAAUCGCGGGGAGGCACAGGAGGUGAUCUGCAGUCCUCAGGCUGAGAGCUGCGGUGAGCCCGCCUCCUCCGCGGACAGCAAGACUCCCACAGUGGAUGACCUCCUCGAUUUGCAGUCUGAGCUGGACUCUCUACAAGAGGGUAUCCAGCAGAUGGAGACGACGAUAGCCGCCGCGGCCACGCUGGUAUCACCCGACCCGUUCGACACGUCCUUCAUUGUCGACCCAAGGCAGCAGCAGCAGUAUCACCACCAUCCCGGCUCCCGUGCCUUCCUCUCUGAGCCAGCAACACCCGUGGGGCCACCUCCGCCUCUGUUGCCGCCGCCGCCUCCGACUGCGCGCGCCUCGCAGUCGUCUGCCAUCGCAGGGACAGCGCAGCAGCAGCACCGAGCCGUGCCGCCGCCGCGGACCCUGCCGUUUGGUGACGCACCCACAGUCACUGCCUCCCUGCCCCCGACUCCGCUGCCCGACCUGUUCGCCGACCUGGACCCCUUAUCCGAAAGCAGUGGAAAGAGUGGCAGGCAUCGCCACGUUGCUUUUGACGAACUCAAGAGCCCCCUGGACCCAUUAGCUGAAGAUGGUGGCAGCAGCAGGCAGCAAUCCGCGUUCAACGAUCUUCAGAGCCCGCUCAACUCCUUGGCUGAAGGCAUCGGCAGAAACCAGUACGCUAGCAUCGGAGAGCUCAAAAGUCCAUUAAGCUCUUCAACCGAAGGCAUUGGCAGGAACCACUACUCGAGCAUUGGAGAGCUUAAGAGCCCACUAAACUCCUCCUCUGAGGGCGUUGCCAAGCACAACAUCAGAACUGUCGAUAGUCCCUUGGACCCCUUCGCCAAUAUUUUUUGCAAGCCUUCCAACCAUGUCGCCUUUCCAGAGACUAAGAGCUCUUUCGACUCAUUGGCCAAUGAAAUUGGCAAGCCCAAAACAAGCUCUGGAGAACUGAAGAGUCCCCUGAGCCCUCCGUCGUCUAAGGGCCUAGGCAGGAACCAUGGCAUGUUUGGUGAGCUCAGGAGCCCUCCCAGGAAGCCGCCCACUCAGCUGACCAGUGCAGUCAGCGGCUGGCAGACAUUUGAAGAAGAGGAACAAGACGAUGGUCCUCCUCCGCCGGCCUUUCCGCCCCCGCCUCCUCCGCUGGUCGUUCCGCCACAGGAUGAGGGCUUUUGUAGUGGCAGUAACGCGUCUUCCGUGUCGCCGAUCCAGCCAGCAAAGGCGGCCUCAUCCUCCACUUCGUCGGGCAGCAGCAACCUCUUUAGCCGCUGUGGAGCGCAGGACCCUUUUGCUGACGAGUUCUUCGCGGGACCUGCUUCUUCCAGCAACCAGGACUGUUCUUCCAAUGGAAGCCAAUCCAGGCCAGCCCUUCUGCCUGGCCUCUCCAGCAGCUCGCCGUGGCCCGUGUCGCCGCAGGCUGCGUUCUUCGGCCGCUGAACAAUAGACGCGAGCCGACAGGCGUGUAAAUUUUGCACGAAUGGCAACCUUGUCCAAACUGCGCUCUGCAGCUUCAAGCACCAAAAUGAUGCUUCCCCGUCGUCAACUUUCUACCGGAAAAAAAAGCCUAAUUUCUUCAUUAUUUCGUUGGUCCCCAGAACUGCUUUUUUUGGACUAGCACGAUGGGCAGGAAAAAAAAACAACCGUAGUGUUGCCGAAGCCGAGUUAAAAGAAAUGGCCUACUUUUGCAUUGUGGUCGCGUUCUUGAGGCGUUCGUCAUCCUGGAGAGUUCCUGGUGCUUUCUUGCUUGGUGUACUGUCCUGUAGUUUCAUUUUCCUCACAAAUGCGUUUUCGGUUGGCAGUGAAGUGAGGGUGACGAACAGGUACCAACCUGUCGGCCUCGAUACGCUCCUGGAAGUUGCCACGUGUGAAAUCAAAUGCUCACAACACACUGCUUUUCGUUUUACCGCCACAUUGGCAGUGAAGGAUUGGUGGACCUAGGCCAAAUGUAAAGCACUAUUUUAUACACUGUUCACACAAAACUCUGGCUCACUGUAAGCGGCAGUGUGUUUUUGGGUGUGCCCGCAACGGCUUUUGGCCAUUUGUCAAAACUAUAAAGUUUAUAUAAGUAAGUUGAACUUGUGUUUUAUUUGUGUCUGUAGGCGCGAGUGAGUAUAUAUAUAUUUUUUAGUUGUAUGUCGUUGCGGUGGGUUAAACAGAUCGUGCUGUGAAAUGUUUGAACGACUGAGGCCAGUUUCCUUAAACCUUUCAACUUUGCACGUGCAUACUGAAAACGUUUCCGAGUCACAAAUUUUGCCCUGAUCUACCCAAAUCGAGCUCAACCGCACUAACGGUGUCUGUGUAUCCUCAUGACUCCUCGUGAAAAUGUGUUGUGUGGUUAUUAUUGUUCUGGCUAGGCCCGAUUGUUGGCGAGUCACCUUUUUUUUUGUCUGGUUAAAUUGAAGGCGCCAAGAAUGGUUCUGGAACGUACUGCGGAGGGAUCACUGUCAAGUUAGCCAGGCUUUUCGAUGAGGGAGGGGCGGGGGAGCGGGGCUCGUUUUGAAUUUGGCAGCCCAGUUGUUUCCUACAAGCUUUCACUGAUAGCUUGAAGCAAAUGCUACAGUCAGUUGAAGCUUUAAUUUGUGCAAUGGCUUAUAUUCGCCUGCUGAAUUCCAGUUGCAAAGCUAUUGUUGUGCUUUUGUGAUUUCUAUGCCUACAAUAUAAGAUUUGUUGGCUCAUUUUGUGUGCGUGAAUUUUGUUGUCGCCAUUUGCUGUUCUGAGUGGCUUCGUAGUUUAUGUACAUACGUGGUUACACAGCAGCUGCUUGGUUUUGCUUGUGAGAUCUGAGAGGAAGGGAGCACAUAGUGGUAUCACACGUGUAAUAGAUAUUUACCGAUCGUAGAGGAUGUGCGUGCUGUAGCGGUACAGAGUGUCCUGAUUGCGUUUAUGCUUUGCAAGGCAAAGGUGGCAUGUUUGAGCUCAAGUCUGUGCUUGCAGCAUGGAAAUGACACGGUUGCAAAAGUUUACACAUAACGACAUUUACUCGCUGCUUUUCCUGAAUCUCAGUAGGUACUAUGGAAAUGAUGUGUGCGCGUGUGUUUAGGCAGUGGGUAGCAUUGGUCAGGCACAUUGAAAAUAAAACUCGAGUUAGAAGGCAUAUCGCAACAAUUUGGCUUCACGCGAGACUCUUUUUUUUUGUGAAGCCUUCUGUUGACGAUGAUCCGUGCUUUUGUGCUUGUUACUUCGAGCUCCCAUACCUGAACCCGGAGAAAGGGCAGUCUGAACACUGUGCACACAAAUAAAUGUCCAUAUAAAUUGUUGCAGUGAAGUUUUCGUUGACAUAGCACGUUUGCUGACCGUGGGCACCUAAAUCUGGCAAUAAACAGUGAACACCAUUAUAGUG